CCCCUUCCUCUGGACUUCGAUAAAACUUUUAGUUUGCCGCUAACCAGUGAUCAGAAAAACUGCGUUACAUGUAUUUUACUUGAGUAAGACUGAGGUUACACGAUGAAGAAAAGGGUCGUUAAAAAGGCUGAUUCAUCCUCCGCAGACGGCGGAGUCCAGAGGACCGCCAGAGCCCGGAGGAAGGAGGGGGCACCAUCCCAAGGGUGGCUGAAAAGAGGCUUAUUGGCCCUCUUUGUUAUCUUCAUUUUGGUGCCUUUCUCGCUGAGAAUACUCCCAGAAUUAAUCCAGCACCUUGUUUACACUCACAGAAUCAGGGUGCCGUUCUUUGUUGACCUCAGCCGACCUGCUGAUCUCUCCCUUAAUCACACCAUCAACAUGUACUUAACAUCAGAGGAAGGCAUCUCCCUCGGUGUAUGCUGGUGUAUUGUAUUGAACUGUUUAAGGCACACAGUGCCUGAAAGUCAGUGGAAAGAGGCGCAGGGGAAGGACUUGGCAUGGUACCAGAACAGGUUAAGCGAUGGAAGUCCAGUUUUCAUAUAUCUUCAUGGGAACACAGGCACAAGGGCAGCCACUCAUCGGGUGGGAGUGGCAAAAGUAUUGAGUGCACUUGGUUACCAUGUGCUGGUGCCUGACUACAGAGGGUUUGGAGAUUCCACCGGGGAGCCAACUGAAGCCGGUCUGACCACUGAUGCCCUCUAUGUGUACAACUGGGUCAAAGCACACAGUGAAAACAGCCUGGUUGUUAUCUGGGGACACUCUCUCGGCACUGCCGUGGCCACCAACACCGCUGUAAAACUCAUGGAGCAAGGUGUGGCUGUUGAUGGUGUGAUCCUGGAGGGUGCUUUCAAUAGUGCUCGACAGGAAAUAACAAGUCAUCCCUUUACCUGGUAUUACUGGACAUUUCCAGGCUCUGGGUACUUUUUCCCAGAGCCAUGGGCAGACAACAAGGUGGUCUUUCCCACUGAAGAAAAUUUGAAGAAAAUGAAAAGCCCAAUCCUUUUCCUUCAUGCAGUUGACGAUCACUUAGUGCCCAUUCACAUCGCUCAGCAGAUGUAUGAGGUGGCAGCAAGUGCCCAGAAUGCAGAGCGAGUCAAGCUGGAGCCAUUUGACGGUUCUGGGCUAUCACCGGGGUAUCUGCACAACGGCUUAUACAGAGACCAGCGUCUGCCGGACAUCUUAAAGACGUUUGUGCUGUCAUUGUAAUGUUGGAAAGACGACUAAAGCAGAAAAAACCCUGCCAGACUUCAGACGCAGAGCACUGAAUUAAUUUAAUCACACACUUUAUCCAAAUAUGUUGUCUUUGCGGUUGCACAUAUGUGAUUUAACUUUAGAUUUUUAUGAAUACAAAAUGUUUGUGUUGAAUGUUCAUUAUUUUAAGAAUGAAUGCAAAAAUUGUUCAUACAAAACUUAAUUUUUGGGUUACAAUAGCAUACGGUGCUGAUGUGUUUUUUUCCCCUGUCUGUGGGUUAUCUGAAUUAUCAGAACUAGAAAUGACCAUUCCCAUUAUUACAGUAGGUGCCCUCUACAUUGUUGUGUGGUGCUAUUGCUCAUCUAUAUUACCGGAUAAUGAUUUUGGUAAUCCAGGUUUUGAGAUGUCUGUGUGUCAGUGAGAAUUCAGAAUUAUACAAGGUGAAAAGAUGGCAAAUUUCUGUUCUCUGACCUUGUUAUCAUAAGUGUGGUUUUAGGAAAAAAAAAAAGAAUUAUACAUUUAUUUAGUUACAGAAUGUAUUAUAUAGUUCAAGUUUAAAGAAUCUCAGGUCAAAAGCCAUUGCCGUUUAAUUACAUUAUAUUGUAUGUGUCAGAGUCAACCAGCAGUUCAUGGGUCUGUCGGUCUCAAGAGGGUCUAACUGCAGACCUCCACUGUGGAGUCGCUUCCACUGCAGGCUCCGCUCUCAGUUCGGCUUCACUUCCUUUUAAAAGAGAACACGUAAGGUAUUGGUCUCAGAACGCCACUUUACCUCUCAUAAAUUCACAAUGGGUUGGCUAGGAUUAAUUUGGGUACAUGUAGGACCAUGUGAAGUCGCUUUGAAGAAUCUAAUCUGUUCAGCCACUUAGGUUCUUCUAUGAGCCCAGAAAAAUUACAAAAACAGAUAUGACGGAAUCUAUUGAGACUAAAGAGUAGUUUUCUCUCAGAAUUGCAAAAUUCCUUGUGCUUCCAAAUCUGUUCAAAACAUAUUUUUGAUUGUGUAAAGCUGUGUUUUCUGUCCAAUAAAAAAAAUCUUCUGCA